AUGUCUUGGGACUUGCUAAAGCGGUUCCUUGAGAGCGAUGUCUUCAAUCAGAACCCCUUCCUCUCGGUGUCGUAUCUCUCUCGCUAUGCGGAUCAUAUAGGUAUUCACUAUGUCCUCUGCAGCAAGCUCCGCCAAUUCCCCUACGAGGACAUCGAGUUCUUCCUGCCACAACUAUGUCACCUGAUAAUAAGCGUCGACAACGAGUCGAUGGCGUUGGAAGAGUUUCUAUUGGACUUAUGCGAGGAGUCGGUUACCGCUGCGCUGCUGACCUUCUGGCUCUUCCAAACCUACCUCCACGACCUCGCACCAAACCCCCAGACCGAGGCCUUCAAGACAUGUCGUAGGGUGUAUAACAAGGUUCAACACGUUGUAUUUGGAAUUUCCGAGACUGUACGGCAGGAGAGGAUCACCGAGAAUGUGCUGCCGGUCACGGUUUUGGGAAGCUUCGUCCUUGCGAGCAUCGCAUGCCCCUUGUUGCCCCAGUGGGCUGGACCUCUAGCCAUUGCUCAGGCCCGGAAACCACGCCCCGUCGUCGAGAUCAUCUCCGAGCCCACCGCCGUUACUGCCAAGAAUAACGUACCAACUCGAGCACACACCAUCUCUGCCAGCAGCACCCGGUCAAGACGCGCCAAAGAGGGGCGGAGCACAAGUGGCCAAGAGGGGAAGACGCACGCCAGUCCGCGGAAAUCGCCGGGCAAGCUCAAGUUGAAGACCCCUCGGCCUCCUUCAAGGUCGAAAACGAAUGAGUCCACCCCCGCACCGCGGGAGCAGGCGGAAGAAGAACUCCCCAGCCAUCUCGAGAACCUCGCCCUGGAGGCGCGCAUUAGCUCAGCUUCAUUACCACUGCCGGAACACAGGCCCCGUCUUGUUACGAGGCCAACCACGCCCGUGUCGGCAGGAUUACGCCCGUCCGAAGCCCCGAGGAGACACUCUCAUCAUGUUAAGACGCUGCUCAGCCAGGGUGAGAUGACGCAACUACAAAAGACACGACUUCUCCGCCAAAACUACUUCCGCUGCCAGACCGCCUUCCUGACCGCGCUUGAGGAUAUUUCGAAUCGCCUUGUUGUGGUGCCAAAACCGGCUCGGCUGAGCGCACUCCGCGCGGAACUCGCCCUCAUCGCACGGGAUCUCCCGGCAGAGGUUGAUAUCCCAGUCCUCUGCCCCCCUAACCUGGUGGAUGGUUCCCCGUCCAGGAGCCGCCACCAUAGAAUAGUCCGGCUUAACCCGGCCGAAGCGACUGUCUUGAAUAGUGCCGAGAAAGUGCCCUACUUGUUGAUGGUAGAAAUACUCCGCGACGACUUCACCUUCGACCCCGACACCCCUGACAACCAGAGGCUGCUCACAACCUUACUGGACGAACAAGGGACGCGGAAGCGGAUAUUCGACUUGUCCGACUCACCGAGCAUGCCGCCCGCUUCUCGGGCACCGGAGCCAGUUGUCGAUAGCGUCUUUGAGCCGUCAUCUGGGGAUCUCGGGAGCUCGCCAAUGCUCAGGCCCGAGGAUGAUGAGUUAUUCGGGACGACGCCGACCCAGUCUCACUUUUCGCUGCGCCUAUCUAACAACAGCACCCCGGCCCCCGCUUCCUGGGACAAGACGACGACGUCACGCAGCUCGGGAGGCUCCUCCGAGUCACUCAGCCCGCCCCUCAACCGGAGGAGGCUGACGCUCACCAACCCGCGCCACAACUCGGUCGAUCAGCCAGACUUCUCGGCGCUUGCGGUGCACAUGCGGACUGCGUCGCAGAUGCUUGCACAGCUCGACGCAACCAGCGGCAAGCGGCCCCGGCAGGAAGUAGCCGCCAUCAGAGCGCGCAUCAUCGCCAGCAUGCAAAGCCUGGAAGAGCAGAGUUUUGAUCUGGACGAUGGCCAAGGGCCGACUUUCGACACCAUCAUGGCCAAGGCACAGGCAGCCGCCGUGACAGCGGCAGCGACCGACGCCGGCGGAGCCGAAGUUGCCGAGGACGCAACCGUCGAGCCGAACCUCAACGCCAAUGCCGGCAUCGACAGGAUGGAGAACGACAUCAAGACGGGCGGUCUCCAGCGGAAGGGUGACCGCGACGACCCCAGCGCCGCGGUCUUUGGCGAAGCAUGGGAGACGAAGAAGGAGCGGAUCCGCAAGUCGUCGCCUUAUGGGUGGAUGAAGAAUUGGGACCUCGUCAGCGUCAUCAUCAAGACGGGCUCAGAUCUCCGACAGGAAGCGUUCGCCUGCCAGCUGAUCCGUGUUUGCCACAAGAUCUGGGUCGACGCUGGCGUGCCCGUGUGGGUCAAACUCAUGCGCAUCCUCGUCACGGGCGAGUCGUCGGGCCUGAUCGAGACCAUCGCCAAUGGCGUGUCGCUACAUUCUAUCAAGCGCAGCCUAACCUUGGCCUCGAUCGAAUCCGGCCAGAACCCCCGCCGGCGCAUCGCCACGCUCAAGGACCACUUCGUCAAGGCCUUUGGCAUCCCCGAGGGGGAGUCCUUCCGCGCGGGCGUCGACGCUUUCAAGCGCUCGCUCGCCGCCUACAGCGUCAUCUCGUAUGUCCUGCAGCUCAAGGACCGCCACAACGGAAACGUGCUCAUCGACAACGAGGGCCACAUCAUCCACAUCGACUUUGGCUUCAUGCUGUCCAACUCGCCGGGGUCGGUCGGCUUCGAGGCCGCCCCGUUCAAGCUCACGUACGAGUAUGUCGAUGUCCUGGGCGGGGUGGGCUCGCCGGAUUUUGAGGACUACAAGAGCCUUUGCAAGCAGGCUUUCCAGGGUAUGUUUGUCCUUCCAUGGUGGGGAACGAAUGAAUGCAUGCUAAUGUGGUUGGUCGUUUGUGCGACAGCCCUCCGCCGCUCGGCAGACAACAUCAUCGACCUAGUCUCCAUGAUGGGCCGCGAGUCCAAGAUGCCUUGCUUCGGCGCAGGCGUCACGCAGGUCACGACAGCGCUGCGCCAGCGCUUCCAGCUGCAGCUGAGCGCUGACGAGGCCGAGCAAUUCGUCGAGACUGACCUUAUUGCCAAGGCGCUUGGCAGUUAUUACACACGACUUUACGAUACCUUCCAAUAUAGGACGCAGGGGAUCUACUAG